AUGCAGUUUGCGACGACGAAAGGUGCCCGUUCCUCUGCUCUGGUGGCCCGGUUAGCUCAGCCAUACCUAAUACAUUCACCCUAUGAAGCCAAAUUGCCGCAUGUGGACGACCCCAUAUUCUUCACUGAAAUCAUGCGUUUGCUCAAUGCACACAGGAGUUCUCAUCGUGGUUUACACAAUAAUUCGCAUAGUGAUGCACAGUCGGAAACAGAUAUAGAUCCAGAUAUAUCAGAGAACAUGAGUGAUCAGCAGUUGUCCUCGAAUAUACGCACAAUUCUGCGGUGUGCGUCUGCUGUGUAUACGGUUAGGUACGAUCGAGACAAUGUGAACAAGCACGUGCGCAGGCUGCAGAGAGCCGAGAGGAGUGGCUUACAUGAAUACUUCACCACUGUGGCGCAAGAUCGUAGCGAGGACAGAGACGUGGUAGUAGCAGCUUUAUUAGCUACUGGCUAUCUGUGCGGCAGUGAUUCAGUAUGCGAUGCGCUUCUCGAUCAAGGGUUCUUAUCGGUUUUAUAUAGGAUACAAAGCAGGUUUCCACAGCAUUAUGAUGUGCAGCUAGCUUGCACGUAUGUGGUCUACGCUCUUGUGGAGAGAAUGGUCGUGUCUCGCACAGAUAGUGAGGCAGAUAUACAGAAGGAUGUGUGUGCACAAGUGUACGCUUGCGCUGAAACCGCUCUUGCUACUUACUCCGAUUGUGUGGAUAUCCAAGCCAGGGCUAUCAUGGUGUGUACGCGUGUCCUGCAGCUUGAGAUGAGUGCGUUGGUUGCUGAAGGUAGUGACAGUGAAUCAGUAUUAGCUUGUAAUCCACAGAUUUUUUUGGAGUGUGUGCACCGAGCGAUGAAGACGCUUACGGGCAAUGCGCGUGUUCAGACAAGUGGUUUGCUCGCUUGGCACCGACUGUGUGUGUACGGUCUCACCACUGAUAGCAGCGACGCAGCAACCACAGUUGGCAAUGGCUCACAGUCUAGCUCACCUGUACCUAUACACACCGAGGUCCUGAACAGUAGAGUAUCCCAGGCGCAAUCACGAAUAGUGGACUCAAUCAUUAUGAACAAAGCUGACACAGAUGUGCUGAGGGCCAUGAGACGCUUCCCGGACAAGCGCGAGGUGCAGUCAACCGGCUGCCAGUUCUUCAGCUUGUUCUGCUCGAGCCCGCGUAUGAACGCGUGCGCGGCUUCGCAUGACUCGCACGUGGCCUUGCAGAAAACCAUGCAAUGGCACCCGCAGGACUUGCAGCUGCACACACGCGCUAUGCGAGCGCUGAUAGCUUUCGCAUUAGCAGGUACGGAUAGUGAUACUGAUGGAUCGGGCGCAAUCGCGCAGAGGGUGGCCAGGUUGUGGGAGGUAGCAUUGUAUCGAGAUGUAUGUGCUACCGUGGAGUGUGCAUUGCGUGAGAUGGUGAAGUUACGGGGAAUGGGUGGGGACGUGGCUGCUAGUGAUGGGCAUAACAUUGAUUCAACGCGUGCUGAUACAGUUGGGGGUGUGGCAGAGGAGGUUGCCAGUUGCCUAACUCCGUCAUCUCUUAUCAGUCUAGGUGAGACUCACAAACCAACCGACGCAAAACAGGUGGUGGUGAUAGGCUGUGAGCUUAUCCGGUUGCUGUAUACGCACGCGUGUGCAAUUGAUACGACACGACGGUCGGCUUCCGUUAGACGGCGCAGCAGCACAAAGGAGGAUGAAUAUCUGGCUUCGAUGGAGAAGUUAGGCACACAUGCCAGUGGGCACGGCUACUUGUGGGACGUACAGGCUGUUCUCAUGGAUGCUUUGGAAGCCUCUCCUGAUGACCUGUGUGUGCAGCUGUGUGCGCUGCAGGCAUUGUGUGCAUUCGCGGGGGAUGAUGCGAAUUUGAGCGGCAUGAAUACGAAGCAAGGCAUGUCCGUGAAGGUUGUGAACUUAGUGCUGACCGCGAUGGAUAACUAUUUGCACGUGUGUGCUCUGCAAAGGGUUGGGUGUGUAUUUCUUAUACGCGUGUUUGAGAAUGAACAACUACAAAUGCAGAAGGGAAAGUUGAAGGCCGGUUGUGUGACCAUGGGCACGGCCGUGAGAAGGGCGAAUGCGCACUUGAUCAUCCAGAAGGCGAUGCGCGCUCAUGACCAGGACCUCUCACUGCAAGCUUACGCCUGCGAGGCCUUGGUGGGCUACUGUGCUGAUGAGAACAACGUGCGCAAGCUGGGUGUGAGUGGAUUGUAUUUGGAUGUCUUAAGUGCCAUGCGUGGUGUUCUUGAUAGUGAUAGGCCGGAUGCAAAGCUAUGCAAGGAAAUGGAGGGGGAUAAGGGAAACAGGGAGGAAGCUAAAACGUCGCUUGCGUUGCAGCUGGCCGUGUGUACGGUAUUUGAUGAGUUUUGUGUCAAUAAGGAUAACAAUAAGUUAGCGGGUAUGGCGGAUGUACAUCUGCUUCUACAGCAGGCUAUGGACCGGAAUUUGAAAUGCGCUAAACUACAGAUAGUGACAUGCUACACACUUGCACAGUACUGUCGAAACGAACAGAACAAUGGGAAAUCGGGGGAAUCGGGCCUCCACAGAGCUGUGCAGCGCACAAUGGAGAUGCAUGCCAAUAAUGAGAACUUACAGGAAGCGGCAUGUAUGGUUUUAUGCAGGUACUACAGAUCGUCCGAAAAUGUUCAGCAAGGCCAGGCGGAUGGUGUACUCGAUGAUAUGGAAAGGGCUGCAGUGCAUUUUCCGGACAAUGUGGACAUCGUCAGUGCUCAUGCAUUGGCCUGCAAUUACGUCGAGCUGCUGGAGGCGCAAAAAACGCCUUCAGUAGCACCUGGGUCGGAUUGCAACGAUAAUACGGAUGACUUCAAUGUCCUAAGACAACGUAUUUUGAGCGAAACCGCAAGAGCGGGCGGCGCUCAUACCAAAAAGAGUGGGGUGAGGAGUGCAGGGGCUGGAGAAAGAGUAGGAGACAGCCCCGAAGACGAAAUGGAAGCUAUAGUGUGGCGCGAACAACGGGAUUUGAUAAAUGAUUCACCAAAAGCCAGGACGAAGCGUGCUGCAGCUCUUAAAGCCAAACGUAUAAAGCUGGUGAUGAACGCAUGCCUUAUACUGGUGGUUUUAUCCGUUGUGUAUGGAGCUCUGUGGCUAAUCACCCCUAGGUGGAUUCAAACGAGUAUGUUCAUGAGCCUAGAGCAUUUGGGAGUGGUGUGUACCUCCGUGUUUCUUUUCUACAAGAAGAGCAGAGAGAUCUAUAAGACUUUGGUCGGAGCUUAUAGAUGGAUGUCGGGAGCUGAGGAGUCUCGUGAGACAAGGAGUGGAUAUAUAGUCGGAUCCCGUACGCGUCGGUAGGAUAUCUUUCGGUUAGUUAUCAACUAGGAUGAACGUAUGAGCACUGUUGCGUGCGAUCAGUGCCAUCGCCCGUGUGGGCAAAUUUUUUUUUUGAAAGGUUGAAGCAAUUUUGAUGUAUAUGGACAUCAAGGAAUACCUGUUGGAAACAUUUCUGAAAUAAAGUUGUUUGAAC